CGCAAGCCAGCGAGACGGGGAUGACAUGGAGGGAAGCCCACCUAAUAUCAUUACAGUCAUUUUUAGUAUUAUCAUCCUGAUCCUGCGCUGCAACAUCUUCAGGACAACCCGUCUAGUACAGCUUCACCAACACCAUUGAUGAUCUUCACCAAUAGGGAAAUUUCUCUGAAUUAUAUUGAAUCAUCUACGUCGUAGGAGUAGGUUUCUUACAACUCUGUCCUUGUUGUUCAGUUCCUAGAACUCAGUUCCUAGAACUACUACUUGAAGAAAACUCGUGAAUUCGUGAAUGCGCUAAGUCAAGAGUAGAAUUUCACAAGAACUCACACAAACCUCCACAACUUCUACAAAGCUCACAUCCUCUACUACUACUUCGUUUUCCCCAGACGACAAAACGAUGUCUCCCUCUACGAACAAAGCAUCGGGGGCUCGACAGCUGGCAUCGAUGAUGGUGAUCAUGCCGCUUUUUUAUGGCUUUUACUUUUUCUUCUACACCGAAGAUCAGGGACAACGACUGGACAACUCUCUCUCUCUCUAUUGAAUUAUAAUUGUAAGGAGCAGGAGGAGCUACUUUUACCACCUCUAAACCCUGUUACAGCACUUAUUCUUGUUUGUUGUACUUCAUGAAGGAUAGGAAGAUCCAGACCAUGUUAGUCGAUUUGGACUGGAAGAUAGUGGUAUUUUCCAGUCCAAAUCGACUAACAUGGUCAUCAGCGGCUGUAUCUUCAUACAUAAUUCUUUGUAGUCCUACAACAAUCUCUACUAUGCCGGCGGGGCUCGUUGUGCAGGAUCCAUAACCUAACCUAACCUACUAUAAACGUGAACUAUAACAUGAUGUCAUACAACUACCAUAAACUAUAUGAUGAUGUCAUACAACUAUCAAUCUGUGUCUAUGCAAAUGAAGUCUUCACGGAGGAGGUAGCCACUGGGCGGUAGUUGUCCUCGAGUAUGGAGUUUAGUAAAAGUAGUGAGGACCACUCGUUCAUCCACUGAUGCGACAUGUUUAAUACCUCUAACUACCAAAUCUGCUCCUCUCGGUGUUCGGUCCGACCUUGUGCCUUCUGCCGAUGCUUCUCCCCGCAGCAGUUGCGAAACAAAACCCUCAGCCUUUGGACACUGUUAUGGACCUAAGAAAGCUCGUUACCGAAUAGACCCAAACCAUCAUGGAAGAAGGCACUGUAAUCUUCAUACUAGAGUCUACUUCAUUUCAAUUUUCAUCAUGGAAGAAAGCUCGUUCUUCAUAUAUUAUAGUACUUAAUCGAUAUGAUCAUGAAAGAAGGCUGGGCAACUAAAUUAGCAGGACUCCGUGUAGUAUGUACUACAACGCCAUCCUCGCCAUCCGCCAUAAUUGCUUACAACCGCAAGGACUCAUUAUUAUAGUCGUACAACAUGAUCCAUCUUUUAGAUGAGCCGGGAACUGGUACUGCUGGGUCUAUAAUUAUGACUUCUGGUGAUCUUGGCGGGCCCCUCGGCAUUCUUCACACAUAUCACACUAUCUAACACUGUGGAGGGGGAGGAAACUAAUGCGCAUGCUGCUCAUCCAAAUUUCAGGGGAGGAUUUCUGCACACUACCAUCUCUCACGGCUCUGCUGGUACUUCCAUUCCUGACCACUGCACUGAAGAUCACUACUAACUUACAAUGACUUUUAUUCCUGACCCCUUCGGUCUUUAGAGUAAUGAUUAUACAGCUGCAGUGAAUGGGAACAUAAUCAUACUACUACAGUGAAUGGAGUCAUAAUCAUACAACUAAAGUGAAUUCACGAAGGCUUUCCGUAUUUAUGAUGAUAUGUAAUUCGAAAUUAUCUUUCUAGCCCAUUGCAGUUGUCCCACCAAAAAAAAAACGCCCAAUUCUUCGUUACCAUAAAAAUACGGAGAGUCACCUUUCUUGGUUAUGAUUCCCCCCGCACCUUUCCAUAUUCCCUUCACCAUGUUGAAGAUAAUCAAUGAGCAUGACAAUUGUUCUGAUCGUUCUUUCAGGAUUUUUCUACUAGGUCACAGAUGAUAUCAGGCGGAAGGAUCCCAACCCACAUCUUUGUCUCUAGGCGAUCCUGCACUUACGGCAACUCCUGUUAUUAGGGGUUGAGCAAACGUUUCAUAUUUGUGCGCUCUAUCUGACAUCACAUUUAAAGAGGAAAGGUGUCAAGUAUGUAAGGCAAAUAUGAAUUGUUUCAAACUGUAAGAUGCUUGAAGAUGAAGGGGCGCAGACGAAUGCGACUGACGGCAGGCGCUUUUUGAGGGGUGGGCUCUUGCAAAUUAGUACUACAACAACUUAUGGUCGAUCUCAAGUAUCUCAUCAAGCCAACGACGAUGGUAAAAUCCGCUACACCGGUUCGCAGCUGGGCGCAAUGGACAGAGGGUAAAGAUCAACUAGAACUAAUAUUUUUUUUUUUGAGAUCAUGAUACAAAGAGCCUCCGGUUAUUCGUGUAAUUAUUGUUAUCGCUGUGUUUGUCGUGUAAUAUUCUUUGAUAGGAACAACAACAAUGGAAGUAUCUAUAUGAUGAAUGUCUCAAGAACAAGAUGCUUAGUGGACAGAGGGUAAAGACCAACUAGAACUAAGAUUUAUCAAGGACAAUAGAUUUAAUAAAUAUUGGAGAAAACUUCAAGAACCUACAACAUGUCUAUUAGCCAAUGUGUUACUUUAGGCCCGCAGGAGAGCGAGCACCUCGCCACAGGGGUAGCAACUUAUCUGGCGCUCCGGUUAUCGAUCCCCGCGGACCUGGCGGACCAGGAGGGUCCACCGUCAGCAGGGCGACUCCUGUCCCUCAGCAACAAUAUGGUCAAGCUAAUUCGGGUGGUACGGCAGGAGGAGUCGCGCAUCGUCGUGAGAGUCUGUUGCCAGAGCAAGGUGCGCAAGGUUAUAUCCACAGCACGGUCCCACUUUGUAAUUUUCAUGAAGAACAAUUAUAGAAACAUUCUCUUGGAUUUGUUGUUGUUGUUAUCCUCUACCCAGCUCCGAACAAUAUCGUCUCAUCCGUCUAAGUACUUUUCAACCUGUGCCCUGAUGGACGGGGCGGACCGCUGUCGGGCCCGCGUCCGCGGCACAUACUACUAUACUCAUCUUAGGUCUAGUAUUAUAUAGAAGAAUAAUUUUCUACCGCAAAACCACUUUGUUACAAACCACUUUGUUACAAACCACUUUGUUACAAACCACUUUGUUACAAACCACUUUGUUACAAACCACUACCGCAAAAGCACUUACCUCACCACUUUGAAUGCAAACUACGCCAUUUUAUUUUCCUCAACCUGUCAAAUAUUCAAUCAAUUUUGAAAAUGUCUCGUCGUCUCCUAGAGAUAAAUUUUACAUGUAAUAAGAUAGAUUUUACACUGAUAGAACUCGACGUAACAGUUACAGCAGCAAAUGAAUAUCAAGUAGGAUCUUCUUCUUCUUCAAGUAAUAUUUAUAGAAACAUAAUUUUAAAGUCCAUUCCAUUGAACAACUUCUCAGGUCCGCCGGCACAACAUAGUGCGGCGCCUGCGGCAUCUCCUUCCAGCGCCGCUACUCUUGCAGCCGCCAUUAAGGCCAUAGCGUCGGAGCAUGUCCUUAGCACUGUGAUCCUUGGUUCUUCUUUUUCUACUUGAAAAAGAAGCACCCGCCAAGGGCCAUGCACUCAAGAAAGAUGCGGCCGCGGUAGCUCUAACGCCAGUCCACCGUCUUCUCCGGCUUCUGCGGCAUCUCCUCCCAGCGCUUCUCCCGCAGCCACGGCUAGUGCGCAAGGUACGAGAGUACAUCAUAAUCACUCCUUAGUAUACAAUAAUGUUGUUCGCAAUAUAGUUGUAUUUAGACCCCAUUCCUUGGGCAAUCGAAGGAGGUUGAACCACUCGGGGCCCUCAAGGCGUCCGCCAGGUUCACCUAAUAUCAUAGAUCUCGAACCCCUAUCGAAAAUUCUCUUCUCAAACUGUCACUCUCUUCUCGAGGUUCCUACAUCACAGAGAUCUGAUAUCCUUCUUCUUUUUAGUAUCCUUCGUCUUUAGUAUCACUUAUCAUAGAUCCUUCUGUAGGAAUCAAAGAUCCUUCGGUUUAGUAUCGUUGUAUCUUUUUUCUUUCUUUGGUAUUCCUAGGUCCACCUCAUUCUUUCUAGUAAGUCAUCAUUCAUAGGUCAACUUUUCCCGUUUUUUCACGACUAGGUACGACGAGCGGUAGUGGCGUCGAAUGCUGCUAGUAUC